GCAUUUAAUGGCGCCGGAUUCCUUUUCCCGAGGUCGUUUUCUAAAUCAGAAUCCUAAUCCCUAAACUUUGGUUGCAUAUCGCAGGGCUUUCGUUCCAUUACAGACUUGAGUAGAUUCAGAGGAAGAGAACGCCCUUAUAAAUAUGGCUCCUGCACGUCGUCCUCCGCCCGCAUACACGGCUCCCUCAGACUCCGGAGUCCAUGCGAUCUCCCAAGUCUACAGGUCCAUUUCCGAAACCGCAAACAAACCCUCUCAACGCGUCCUCGAGUCCUCCUUCACGAUCCGACCAUGCUCGGGGCAAGCGUGGGUGGUCCCCGCCGGCCACGUCUGUCGUCUCACCACACCGAAGGGGCCCCAGGUGGGUGAUCUGAAUAUCUGGAACGCGAACAACCCCCGUGAGCGCCUGUGGGCUGCACGUACCCGCCAGAUCCAUGCCUCCCACGUGUCCGUGGGCGACCGGCUCUGGUCCAACCUGCCGUACCUGCGUCCCCUGGUAUCCAUCACCGGAGACUCACUCGCCGGCGGCCAGCUCCAUGAGAUCCUGGACGAGGAGGGCAAGAAGAAAGAAGGGAAGGGCUUUGGGACCACGCAGUUCGGCGGACGCGUGCACGACCUCCUGGGCACUCGCUGCGACCCUUACGUCAACCUCGUCAUGGGCGGGGAGAGUUUCGACUUCCACUGCCAUUCGAACCUGACCCGGGCGGUGGUGCCGUACGGGCUGACCGAGCUCGAUGUGCACGAUGUGCUCAACGUGUUUCAGGUGACAGGGCUGGACGAGGAGGGCAAGUACUUUAUGGAGACUUCGCCGGCCAAAGCGGGGGAGUACUUUGAGUUCUUUGCGGAGGUGGAUGUUCUCUGUGCGCUUUCCGCGUGCCCUGGAGGCGACUUGUCAGAAUGGGGUUGGGAGGAAAAGGCGGACAUGGGGGCUACAACUCGUCCUCUGGGGGUGGAAGUAUACAAACUUGCGGACACGACGGUGUUGGAGGGAUGGAAAGCACCCCAGAGUCCCAAAUAUCUGGGUGCACAUGGCAUGAAGAUGCCACAGAGGGAGGAUGAUGGAACGGGGUAUGUUGGGCUGUAACCGGGGGGUGAGGUCUCUGCAGCUUAGAUUGUUGCUCUGUAUGUUUAGUAGAGUGAAGCUUCCCUUUUGCACAAAGACAUGAAACUGAUAGAUGCGGCA